ACACUGCAUCGCCAAACAAUUUCGUGCUGUUGUCCCCAUCGUAUCGCUUAUUAUUGUUGUUGUUCACCACAAAAGUCGCAAUAAAACGCUAAAAUUAAAAUCUUAGCCAAGCUGGAGAAGUGGAAGAGAACCCGUAAUUCCACAAAGAAGAUGGACCACCGUCACCAAAGCCCGGUGGCUGGUGGUGGAGCCGGAGCAAAUGCCUCCAGUUCAGGGACAGGAACAGUUGAUAAGCCAUCGAUACUGGAAGGUGUCAUGCAAAAUAUAUUCGAGGGACUUUCCGAUAAGGAUGAACAAGUGCGCCAAUCUAUGCAAAUGGCGAUUGUUAAGAUAUUGGAAACUCAUUCCGAAACAGCCAUUGGCAUACUUAACGAAUAUCGCCUUAAAAAUCCAAAGUUGAACGAGCAAGUUGUGUCCUUGUUGUUGGACUGCAUCAGGCGAGUUGUUGGCUCAGACGUUACUCUACCUAAAACGUCCCUGGAGAAAUUGAUUACAUUGGCUAUCGAGGAGUUAACAAGAAGCGCAGAGCAUGUGCCCCAUAUACAGAAUCCCGCUCAGCGUAUAUUGGUGGCCAUUGGAAGAAACAAUGAGGGAUGUGCCCUGGUCAUGGAUGCAUUGCAGGCGGCCAACGCCGAGAGUCAGGGUGUACCGCAUUUCAUGCUAAUGCAAUGCCUUGGCCAAUUGGCCAUGGGCAAUUCGGCUGGUGUAGUGCCACAUAUUAAGACAAUAUUAUCACAAUGUCUUCCGCAUUUGGGUGGCAUAAAGCAAGAUCACAUUAAGCAGGCUCACGCCUAUGCCAUUGGACGUUGCAGUGAGGCAUUAAUGGAAGAAGAGCAGCAACAAUCAGUUGAAUCCUCAUCCUGCUCCACAGAGAUAAGUGUGGCUUAUGAUGUACUCUUCAAUCAAUGGCUACAUUCCCGUGAACCCAAAGUCUGUGUGGAAAUAUUGCAAGCUUUGUCCAGUAUGUAUCCACUUUUGCCAAAGGAUCGCAUACAGGAUCAAGCUGGUCGUCUAGUGCCUCAAAUUUUGGCCCUAUACCGUCGCAGUGUGGAUCGCAAUGCAGUCACCCAGUUCCUAUGCUCUGUGCUUAAAACGAAUCUCUCGCUGCAUGCCCAAGUGCUGGAUGCCAAUAUAGAUGUCUUAGUCUCGAAUCUCUUCGAUUUGGUCUGCGUCUAUCCGGACUAUGAGAAACCCCAGACCGUAAAGGGACACUAUGAGGUGUUGCGUUGCUUUCACCUUUUGGCCGGUCAUUAUUCGAUCAAAAUCAUGGACACUGUUCUGAUACACUUGCGAAACAAUAGCGAAAGGGAGCGUAUUAAAUCGCUGCUCAUUCUCACCCAUUUGCUAAAUAGUUGCGCGGCAAACAUUGAAAGUCGUUUGCUGCAGUGCAUCGAAUGCCUAAAGCAGAUGAUUCUCAGCGAACGCAGCGUUAAAAUGAAGCUAACCCUGCUAAAGACAAUCGUGGCCUUGGCCCAGAAGUCACACAUCCGAGACAAGGAGUUUGUUUGGUUUGUUGUCCGCCAUAGCUGCAAAUAUCAGAAGAUUAACCAGGAGAUGGGCAGCCGUGAGGAGCAUGCCAAUUUGGUAUUGAGCUGUGAGAAUACUCUCUUUAUGCUCUCCUCCACAGUGGGAACUUUGGACGAACUGCUCAAGCGGGAGCUCUUGAAUUAUCUAAUUCUACUUGACUAUACAGAGAUCUGUGGAAAUUUGGCCAAAUGUUUGGCCAGUUUAUUUGCCAAAUCGCCGCAUAUUGAAUACGAAAUAGCUGGCGAAGAGACCAACGAAACGGCAGGUGGAGGAGCUGAAUCAUUACCAGCUGGGGCAGCUGGCGAUGAUCGUUCAAAUGGCGCUGGAAGUGUAGUGAAACGCGGCAAAGUUAUGGUGCCCACAUCAGAAACAAUCUAUGCCCGUUGUCUGGCUCUGUUGGGCAAUCAGCAGUGUAUUAAACGUUGCUCAAAUAUUCUUAGUUUCCUGCGCUAUUAUUAUCCCCAGCUGAAUCCGGCAUUGGAACAACUAUGGGAACGUCGUAUAUCUGACUUGAUGCUGCACAUUAAUCAGGAGAGUUCGUAUCGCCAGCAACUUCAUGACUUUAUCCUUAGUACCAAUGAAUUUUUGACCAAUCUUGACGAUGGUUUUGCCCAACGUUUGACCAUUAAGCUGGCAGAUCAAAUGUACUUGUAUCCCAUGCAAAUGCCACAUUCUGAAUGGCAUCUACCAGACCUAUCCGCCGAACGUGGCAUGUUGCUGCAAGCUUUAGCAUUGAGCCUCCUACAAGUAAACGAUGUGGCAUGCAUCCAUACGAAAAUUGAUUUAAUUGUUACCACAGCGCGGCAGGAGCGUUUGGAUAAGCAUGUAAAGAAUUCGGAAUAUGAGCAACGCAUAGAGCCCUGCGCUUUGGCUUUGGGCUAUAUAGCCCGUCAACAUUUAGGACAUUUGGUUAAGAAGCUCACCGAAUUGGCCCAAAUGGGAGGACGAAAGCAUUCGACUGGUUUCUUUAGCAAUUUACACUUUAUCAAGGACACGCACAAAGAGUUGGAGACAUAUAAAAGUAAUUUGCUGGUGAUCAAGGCCUUUGGCCGCAUAAUGGAUGAGGCAGAUCCAUUGCAGUCGGUGCCACAUCUCGAUGAUGACAUUAUAAUGACUUUCCUAAUGCAGCAGCUGGCCGGGCAUAAAGAUCAAACGAUUAUGAGCGCCAUACUGCAGACAUUGCUUAGCAUAUGCCAUCAAUUGAUUGUGACCAAGGAUGAACUGCCUGGCACACUAAAGCAGCGCAAAAAGAUUAUGGAAACUGUGUUCAGCAUACCAAUCGAGAUGCCCUUCAGUGAUCUUCCCCUGCUGCCGGUAAUACUGAAACUGGGAACAGACUUCAUACGCAUUGGGGCAUCCGAAAUGAAUGAUGACACUACACGAGACACUUCCGGCGGUGGCGACUGUGUGGAUGGUGGGGUUAUUUUUGAAAUUGCUUGCCGCAAUUUCUUUAGCUGUGCGCAGCAUCUGAAAAUGAAAUUUGAUUCCCAGGAAGAGGAUGAGCGUAAUAGUUUUUUGGCCAAACAUUUGAAUGAAUCGCUGCCACAAUUAAAUGCCCUCGUUAGGGUUAUAGUCGAACAGGAUGCAUCGCCUUCAACGCUCGAUUUAAUUAUUGGCAUUCUGGAGUCGUGGACACGCGAUAAGAACUCCGAGGUACGCAUUUGUGCCAGCCAUGUGUUCAAUAAUACACUCGAUGUCUAUAUCAAAUCGAUGCGAAUUGGCUGUGAAGCUCCCUCAAAAUUCAAUCAGACGGGGCAAAUGCUGGGCAAGAUAGUCCCACGUUGCAUUGACUCGAAUGGGACGGUGCGUCAGGUGUCGGUGGAUAUAUUGCAAAAGACCUUGGAAAUCGCCUGCGUUUAUGAGACAUUGACCAUAGCCAGCAUUGAUGCCAGCGCCGAUUGGCUCAAGGAGAUCGAGAUCAUCAAGGAGAACAUCAUAACGGAUGAUUCGAAACAAAUUUAUAAUCUAGCUGGGGACAUAGCAAAGGUGAUUGCUCAACGGAUCUCUAGUUUCCAGUAUUUGCAAUUCUGCAAGACGCUUCUACAAUCGCUACACGAUCCAGAGCAAAGUUCCACCAUUGGGGCCAGUGUGGUCUUAAAGUUUUUCAUUCAACAAAAGGGCUCGGAGCUCUUUCAUGCCAUACCCGAUCUGGUCAAGGACAGUUUGUUGGCCCUCCAGCAGUGUGAAGUGCCGCGGGCCAAGUCGGGUGUGCUCAAGGCAUUGGUUGCUCUUACCAAACAUCAUCCCAAAUUGGUUUGUGCCGAAAUGCUGAAUCAACCGCUGCCCCAUAAUGAUCAUUUGAUUGAAUAUUGGCAUCUUGUGUGCAGCGAUGCCGAAUUGACUGGCAUUGUGCUGGACAAUUUUCUGCAAUUGUUGAGCGGAGCGAGUCUGCAUGAGCAGCCAUCGCCAGAUGGCGUGGUCUCAGAUCGGCCACGUCUGGCUAGUGGACAGCCGUUUGCAAUAUUUUGUGCCCUUCAUGAGAUGGUGCCCUGCAAGGAUAUUAGGGAGCAACUGGAAAUGCGUUUUGCAGAUAUGUUUGCCAUUCUAUUGACCUCAUUGAGCAGCUAUACCAAUCUAAUUGCUCCAAUUCAUGUCUCCGCAUUGACCACCAGCCCCAGCCAGCAGCAGUCGAACAAAUCGAAAUUUGGUUUUACGCCAAACAAAGAGCUCAUCAAGAUCAAUCCUUGUCAAAUAGCAUUGGAAACGUUUCAGGCCUUUCUUACCAAUCUCGAAAUGGAUCAAAUAGCCGCUGUUUUUACUGUUAAUCCGCAACUGGCCAAUUGCACAGACUGGAAUGGUUUUAUUGAGCUGCUCACUCCCUUGGCUAUUGGUCUUGGCCAUCAGUUGCAGUUGUCAAGUCCACAGAUGCGUCAAUUGGUUAAUUCAUUGGGCAAAUAUAUUGCCUCUCUGCAUGAUGGCCAACGUGUGGCCGCUGUUGGCCUCUAUUCACGCCUGGUGCCGCUUAGACCAAAUGUGGAGCUGUCCAAUUGUAUUAUAAUGCAUCUAAAUGCGGCUCUUAGUGAUCCGAAUGCUGUUGUCCGUGGUCUAGCCAUUCAGGGCAUGGGCUAUGUGGGCCAACUGGGUGAACUUGAGGCGACACGUUACUCGGAAAUGGCCAUAGCCGCCCUCCUCAAAGGCGUAGACGAUACAGUCAGCGAUUGUCUCAUCAAUAUACCGCUGGAGAGCAUGCGCGGACUGUCCAGCAUUCUACAAGCUUUGCCCAGCGGACGUGUCGAAUCUUUUCAUGUGUCCCUGGCCAUUCGAAUACGCCCAUUCUUUGGCAAUUACUCACUGGAAAUGCGCGAAGCAGCCAUCAUUCUAUUCGGCGAUCUCUGCAAGGACAAGCAUGACGAUGGCAGCAGCUCACCCACCUCAUCCAUGGAGGCGCUACGCGAACAACUCUUUGCCAAUCUGUUUCCAUUGAUCCUUCAUCUCAGUGAGACAGACGCCCCAUCCAUUUGCAGUGCCUGUCGUGGCACAUUACAGCAUGUGUGUCGUCUACUCCAUGCUCCAAAAGUAAUAGAGAUGGCUCAACAACAGCUGGCCGAUGAGCACAUUCAAUUCAAUUUUUCCACGUUUGUGGUGGAUUUUGUUAAAAUUAUUGCUUUGGAGUUAAGUGAUCAUAUUCAGGAUUUUAUUGACUCCUGUAUGCCAAAGUUACGUAGUCAAUGGCCCGAGGUUCGUAGCAGUGCCGCCAUAGUUAUAGGCAUUCUUCACAAUUUUCUGGUUGAGCGAAAUAAUCAAACAGAAUCUGUUGCUACCAAAAUUUCAGUACUGCUCAAGGACGAGCAUCCGACUGUACGUGCUCGGGCUGCAACUGCAUUGGGUUACUUCUUUGGUGACAUUUAAAAAAUUUCAAAACCAAAUUGGAGCCCGGAGCAAGGGGACCAAACAAUAUUAUUGAAUAUUCAAAAAGAAAGAAAAAAAAAACAAAAAUAGGGCUUUAGUUAGUAUUGUGUUGAAUGGAUAUAUGUUUCCAUUAUAAUGUAUGUUAUAUAUAUAUAUAUAUAUAUUGUAGUAUUUUCUCCAAGUGUGAUCCCGCCUACGCGUAAUUUGGCGUAGCCUAUAUAAUCAUAUAUUCCUUGUUCUAUUAUUAUUAUUAUUAUUGUAUGUUUGAUAUUUUAUUAACUGUUUUGUUUUGUUAUACUUGUGUGUUUAAGAAGAGCAUAAUGUAAUCAAUUCAUUUGUAAUACAAAUAACACUCUAUUCUAUAUAAACAAAUAUUCCCGUAGAUGUUUUGAGGAAAUACAGUCUGUGGGAGAGAGAGAGUAGAACAUAUUUCUCAAUUAGACAGAGAAAUGUGUAAGUAGAAUAAAGACUAUCGUUUUACGUAUUUGAUUUACAAUCCCAAAAUUAUAUAAAAUAUUCUCCAAUUGUGGAGUAAAAGUCAAUAUAUGUAUACCAAAGUCAAUAAUGUUCAACCACAAAAUCUUCAUAAAAUAAACAAAUAGGAUUUGGACGACGUGAGUUCGCAAAAAGUCAAUUAAAAUCCAAAUCUUAAUACAGUCUCUCUGACUCUCUCCCUCGUUAGUAAUGUUUCCAAAAUGUUACAUUAGACAAUUCUUUUCUUUGUAUGUAACAUCGCUUUUUAUUCUUACAAAACAAGAGAAACCAAUUAAAAAUGA